UGACUCCAGACUCACAUAAAACCGUGGGUGCGGUGGUGAGUUAGCAGAAAGAAGCCGGCAGACGGACGAGUGUGCGUAUAGCGUGUCUAGAGCUGAUCAAUGGCUGACAACACGAUCUUAUUCUGGGGUUCGGGCUCGCCGCCCUGCUGGAGGAUCAUGAUCGCUCUCCAAGAGAAGAAACUGCAUGCGAUCCCGCAAAAAUUGCUGAGUUUUGACAAACAGGAGCACAAGUCACCGGAAGUUCUGGCAAUAAACCCCAGGGGACAACUUCCAAGCUUCAAGCACAACGGCAACAUCGUGAACGAAUCUUUGGCGGCCUGCAUGUACUUGGAGGGUCAGUAUAAAUCCCAAGGCAACCAACUGAUUCCAGAUGCCCCAGCAGAACAAGCUCUGGUUUACCAGAGAAUGUUUGAAGUUUUAACUCUGCACCAGAAAAUGGCUGAUUUUGCUUUCUACAAUUGGAGGGUUCCGGAACCAGAGCGACAUGAUACUGCACUGGCGAGAAAUAAAUCUGCACUGACUACAGAGUUUACUCUCUGGGAAGGAUAUCUGAAGAAGAUGCCACCACAAUCAUAUAUAGCAGGGAAGAACUUCACCAUGGCUGAUGUCGUCCUGUUCCCACAUCUGGCCCUCUGUGUCCGAUUUGGACUGUCGCAGAAAAGAUAUCCCUGUCUGCUAGAUUAUUACAAUCGAGUGAAGGAGCGACCUAGUAUCCAGGCUACCUGGCCCCCUCUCUGGAAGGAGACUCCUCCAACCAUGGACCCCCUGAAAGAGGUCUGAACUUGCCAUCCACAGCUGUCUUGUUCUCUGCCUUGAUUCACUUCCGAUAACACAUUCUGUACAGUCUAGUGUAUUCACCAUACCAGUAAGACACUUCUGAUGGAAUAUAUGCUGUUUUAUAGAGAGUUUAAAUACUAACUUGAUGCCAUGUUUAAUGUUGGUAUUAUAUGUUUUAUUAAAUACAUACUAUAUGAA